AUUGGCGAGGGGGAGCUAGAACAACAAAGGAAUCUUUCCGAACCACCCACCAAAAAACUUCGUCUUAGCAAUUCUGUAAAUAUGAGUUUAACUUGUGAAUACUUGGGGAUCACUAUGGUAGAUGCUAAAACUACUACUGUAAAGCCCGGCAAAGGCAAGAGCAUUGCUACUAAUAAAAAAAAGGUUAAAAACUGA